UGCAGACUUGAUUCCUUGCAAAAGGUUUCUGUUUGGUGUUGUAACAUCUUAACACAUACUGUUUUAUUGCCGGAAAGGGUAAACCCAAUUGUUAUAUUUUGAUACUGGCAAGAAAGGGUCCCAUGAUUAUGAUGUCUCUGUUGUAGAAGGAACUUUUGAGAUGAGGUUGACCCAGACGUGCGAAGUCUAGGGUUCUGUUUAAAAUUGGCCCAGUUUUGGUAACCAUUGGAUACGUAAACGUUCCACGAAAUAAUUUCCAAAUUGCCGAAACGACGUCGAUUAUUUGGCUUCGGAAUGAUUGGUGGAUGUUCGUGCGUAAACAACCCGGGCAGUUCUCGAAUGAGGACCAUCAGUAAGUAGUGCACCACAAGUUUUGCUUGUUGAUCUCGCUAACGCCGAGGAGGAGAGCGAACAGGGCAGCAUGCUAGCUCGGGGCCUGCAGGCGUGUGUUUGUUUUAGGCAGAGUUACUACCCAGGGAAACCAAUUCAAGUUUUAGUUUUCAUAUUGGUGGCGCUGCCCGUACUCCCAAUAAUAAAUCCAAUUCAUGGAGAAAACUGCGCACUCAGUCACUGCCCUCUUUGGCUUUUGCCGAAGGAUUCGGGUGAAAACAAGGAGUGCCCCUGGCCUGUCUCUAAGCUCUUCGCGAGAGACGUCUCAAAAGUGGGGAAACUGGAUUUCGCAAUUGUAAACUGUGCGCAAGCCGGAUGAAUAAAAUGUAACUUUGACCUCACCGCAGGCAUUUGUCCUGUUUAAUAACAGAAGCGGCAAGGCUCUCCUUAUUUUCAUUUCAAAUGUUGGCCGUUGCCCAACCUUGUUGGAGUUCCCCAAUUGGUCUCAAAUUUCAAGAGCUUGACCAUACGAAAGGUGGAAUGGUGGCGAAGUGGUUAGUGCGUUGCGCUUUGAACCCGGCGGUCUGACUUCAAUUUACAGCCGUAGCGAACACCAUAGGCGAGCAAUAUUUGGAUCGGUCCUGGGUUUCCCUUUUACCAACCCGCACUGACCAUCGUGGUGAAGUAUGGUCAAACAACUCCCAUAUCUCGAACACGGCGCAAGGAGGCCUUCAUCCAGCAGUGGAUUGACUGCAAACUAACGAGCGAAGGAAAUGUUUCUUUGGUGUCAUUCACUGUUUUCGUGGUGUAAACAUCUCACCAGCACUGGGGGAGACAAAGGUGGUCGGGCAUGGUGUUGGCCUUGUGCAGCCUGGCUGGCUUUUGUAGGUGCUUGCUAUAACAACACUUGCUCCAACAAUCCGUUAUUGGGAGAUCUUUGUCUUUGUGGUGGAUUUUCGAUCAUCAUAUAUGCUGGUUCCUGUGGUGUCCUGUGUGUCUUAUAGGGCAAGGGUUUACCUUAACGUGCCGUGAUGCAGUGUUUUCCAGUGCUGUUUUGAAAUGUGCGCAAUCCGUUUACCUUCUUACAAAUGCCCAAGCUUGCCAGAUGUGACUCAUUCUAGCUCAGACAAACCACAGAUCCACAUCCUUGACAUUAGUAGAGAGAUUGAAAUAUAUGAUACCUCAGUGGUUCAAUAUGUAUCAUGAUCUUUCAAUACAGCCAUAAUGAAUACGAUGCUGGAUGAAGGCCUCUCCAAGCCAUCACUAUCUGUGACGGUCCUGCGAUAUAUGAAUCCACCCAGCACCUGCACCGGAAUUGAUUUAAUCAUGAUAGCAGUGGAUUGAUCGUGACUGCUGAUGAUGACGAAUAUUAAUAAUUGACAUGAGUGUUUCAUAAAUAUUACAUGGUGCAGCUAUUCUUACGGCCUCUAUGGUUUCCAUUGCUAUGAGCAUCUCCUGUUGCAGCGUCUGAAACCAUUCCUUAAAUAUAUAAUAAACAUGCAACGCCGCUCUUUGCUCGUGUAAUAUAGUCAACACGUUGCCUGUCAGUCUCCUAGAAGCAUCAACUUCGUAAAAACACAGUACAUUAGGAACUGGUGGAGACGCUGCUUCGGCGGUGUAAUGGUGAGCACGCUCGACGCGCAAUCCGAAGGUUGAAGGUUCGAUCAUCUCUGUAUCGGCUCGGUGGCUGUUGGAACAAUGUUGCAUGUUUCAUAAAAUCGCCCUGUCGCCUCUGUCCACCCAGCGGUAUAAAAUCAGUGUUCUACAGUUGGGCUACGAUCGGCAGGUUGCAUGUGAUGGGCUAAAAUGUGGGUACUACCACCUGUUUCCUCCGAGACGUACUGGUUAGCCUGGAAGAGUAGGCCAACGCAUGCCCCUAGAUCUCCCUCUUAGUGGAGACGCUUCCCGUGUUUGCCGAGCUGCAGCUCGGCCUUUUCCUAACUCAUGCGCACGGGGCGUUUCACCUGCCUCGCUCUUCACUGCAAUUCCCAUUUAGCUGCUUGUUAAAAAUGAACUGAAUUUUGUUUUGGUGCCCUAGUUUUAAAAAAUAAUAUAAAAAUAUAUUCUACUCGUACGAAAUGAGAAAAAAAUAUAUUCUGUCUCGCUUCCUGCCUGGAUUCCUGUCUGCCUUGCUGGCAUGCAGGUGAACGUGCGCGGUGGUGACAAAGUCACUGCGCGUAUCUGCGUAUGUGAUGAUGACGUCACCCGCAGCACUGAGAAACGGUUGGUGCAUUGCGCUGAUGUCAUCACGCCUCCCGUCAUCCACCCUGGAUGUGGAUCCCAUGCAAAUGAUGGAGGCGUCCUGCCUGGAGUUGGCGCUGGAGGGCGAGCGCCUGUGCAAGGCGGGCGACUUCUGGGCGGGCGUCUCGUUCUUCGAGGCGGCCGUGCAAGUGGGCACGGAGGACCUGCGCACGCUCAGCGCCAUCUACAGCCAGCUGGGCAAUGCCUACUUCUACCUGGGAGAGCUGGGGAAGGCGCUUGAGUACCACCGACACGACCUCACGCUCGCACGGACGGUGGCGGACCAGGUCGGCGAGGCAAAGGCGAGCGGGAAUCUGGGGAACACACUCAAGGCGCUGGGGCGAUACGACGAGGCGGCCGCCUGCUGCCAGCGACAGCUCGACAUUUCGCGCGAGUCCGGCGACAAGGUCGGGGAAGCCAAGGCGCUGUAUAACCUGGGGAACGUGUACCACACGCGGGGCAAGCAGGCGGACGCCGUGGGGGCGCACGAGCCCGGGGAGCUCUGCGACGAGGCCAGGAACGCCCUCCUCGCCGCCGCACAGUGCUACGACGCGAACCUGGAGAUCGUGCGCGUGCUGAACGACCGCGCGGCGCUGGGCAGGGCUUUCGGCAACCUCGGCAACACCCAGUACCUCCUCGGCAACUAUGACGAGGCUGUGGAAUUUCACCAGGAGAGGCUGAAAAUCGCCAAGGAGUUUGGGGACAAAGCAGCGGAGAAGAGGGCCUACACCAACCUGGGGAACACGUACGUGCGCCUGGAAGACUUUCCGCAAGCCGUCGAGUACUACAAGAAAGCGCUGCAGCUGGCGCGACAGCUGCGGGAACGAGCGGCCGAGGCACAGGCGUGCUACAGCCUGGGCAACACCUACACGCUGCUCAGGGACUUCCCACUCGCCAUCCAGUUCUUCCUCAAGCACCUGGCCAUCGCGCAGGACCUCAGCGACAGGGUGGGCGAGGGUCGUGCGUGCUGGAGCCUGGGCAAUGCGUACGCGUCCCUGGGAAACCACCAGCAAGCGCUGUCCUUCGUCACAAAGCACCUGGCCAUAUCCAAGGAGGUGGGCGACUGUAACGGCGAGCUGACGGCGCGACUCAACCUCGCUGACCUGCAGUCGACGCUCGGCAUGGCGCAGGCGUCCGAGCAGGUGGAGCGAGCGUCGCCCGAUGAUGACCACGACUCCGCGUCGGACUCUGAAGGCGAAAAGACGAGGCCGAGGAGGCGAUUGAGUAUGGAGAACAUGGAGCUCAUGCACUUGACCCCGGGAAAGGUCGGCAAGCCUCUGAAUGGCGACGUGGGCUCCCUGGCCAUGGGUGGAGCGGUGGUUUCGGCGCAGCAGAAUUCCGUCUCCACGUCGGCGUUGCCGGCGACGUCCAGGCCCUCUGGGAAGUCCCUUUUGCCGUCGCGGCUGCGCGGCAAGAAGCAGCGCGAUGGCGUGGAGAUGGAGCAGCGAACGACGUCGGUGGAUUCGCGUGACGUCGCGCUGCAGGUGUCCACCAGGGUGGACCCUGACCUCGUGGACGACGACGGGUUCUUCGACCUGCUCAGCCGCUUCCAGGGAAACCGCAUGGAUGACCAGCGCUGUUCGCUGGGGCCCGACCACAACGGCGGCGAGGGAGCCGGGGCUCGCGGGCCCUCCACACCACCACAGGCCGACCGGCGAGCCGGCGCGCGCGCCCUCGUCGCGUCGCCGCAGACGGAGGAGUUCCUCGACCUCCUCGCGUGCUCCCAGAGCCGCCGCAUCGACGACCAGCGCGCCAGCGUGUCCGACCUGCCGGGCCUGCGCCUCACGCCCAACAACAGCGGCGCCGUCUCGGGGCGCCUCGCCGCGGCCGCCGCCGCCGCCGCCGCCGCUCCUGACGAGGACUUCUUCGACAUGCUCGUGCGCUGCCAGAGCUCGCGCAUGGACGACCAGCGGUGCGUGGCGCCGGCACCGAUGCCGCGCGGCCCCACGGUCCCGGACGAGGACUUCAUCAGCCUCAUCCAGAGGGUGCAGGCGCGACGGCUCGACGAGCAGAGGGUGGCGCCGCCGCCAGACCUCCGCGAGUAGCGGGGGCCACGGCACGACGGGGCGCCGUGCAAAAAAAAGGAAACGCGCGCGAUUUUCAGAACGUCGGUGCUGCCGCCCACUGCACUUCUUUACUCUUGAUCAUCUGGAAAGUCCCUUGUGCGACGGAAAGCGCGUUGUUCUACGAGCGUCGCCGAUUUGUUUUUAACUCGCACACGGAGCGCGCCGCGGUGCGCGCACGGAGGACCCCACGCCCUGACGCUUAAAACGCCUUCCCAGAUUCUACCGCCUCGUGCGGUCAGCCCCCCGCAAUUAGGUGUGAAGUUGCCACGCGGCGUUUUUUAAAGUAAUAUUUUCGGUCAUCUAAUCUUCGUUGACAGGUAAUCGGGAGAGGUGCAGCCCUGCAAUUUGUUGCUCUCGCCACUGCUGGCGGAGGGGCCUCCGCUAUGAGGGAUCUGUGAAGAUCACCACUCGAGGGGAUUUUGCCUGCUCUUCCACACAACGGCCAGACAUUUUGGAACAGUUGGGAGUAGCCGUACUCUACCCCACCUACGUGACCUGUCAAUCGAUAGCUGUCGUUCAUGGUUAAAAUGUUCUUUUUAAACUAACACAUUUUUAGCACGUGUUUUUUCACCUCACCAUUAACC